AUGCUCAGAUUUUUUCAAGGGAAAACACAGAUUUAAAUGUGGCAACCCUGGUUGGUGGUGAAUAAUUCUUGUGGUGUGUUGCGUUGCGAUUGCGAUUUCAUUGCGCUAGCUUAAACGUUGGAGUGUAGUUCGCGUAUUGCUGAUACUGAGCGAAGAGACAAAGUAUGGCUCAAAGUAAAUUGAAUGAUUUGGCCGGAAAGUUCGGCAAAGGUGGUCCACCCGGUUUGACAACAGGGCUUAAAGUACUGGCCGCAGUAGGUGCUGCAGUAUAUGGUAUCAAUAAUUCUAUGUAUACUGUUGAUGGUGGUCAUCGAGCAAUUAUUUUCAAUCGUAUCGGUGGAAUCGGGGACGAUAUCUACAGUGAAGGUCUGCAUUUCAGAAUUCCUUGGUUCCAGUAUCCAAUCAUCUACGAUAUCCGAUCACGCCCAAGAAAGAUUUCUUCACCCACGGGUUCAAAAGACUUGCAGAUGAUAAACAUUUCAUUGCGAGUUCUCUCCCGGCCGGAUGCUCUUCGUUUGCCAGUAAUGUAUCGGCAGUUGGGAUUGGAUUAUGACGAGAAAGUGCUUCCUUCAAUUUGCAACGAAGUGUUGAAAAGUGUGGUGGCCAAAUUUAACGCCUCGCAGCUAAUUACACAGCGACAGCAAGUUUCGUUGCUCAUCCGUCGAGAGCUGGUGGAGCGUGCAAAAGACUUCAAUAUCAUUCUCGAUGAUGUUUCGCUAACUGAGCUUAGUUUUGGCAAGGAAUACACGGCAGCCGUUGAAAGUAAGCAGGUCGCUCAGCAGGAGGCACAGCGGGCCUUUUUCUUGGUCGAACGUGCCAAGCAAGAACGGCAGCAGAAGAUUGUGCAGGCCGAGGGAGAAGCUGAAGCUGCCAAAAUGUUGGGAUUGGCGGUCAGUCAAAAUCCAGGUUAUUUGAAGUUGAGAAAAAUUCGUGCUGCCCAAAACAUUGCCCGAACGAUUGCCAAUUCACAAAACCGUGUCUACCUCUCAGCCAACAGUCUGAUGCUAAACAUCUCCGAUGCUGAGUUCGACGAUAUGUCCAAAAAAGUGUCAACAAUGAUGACAGUUGAAGAGAUAGAAUAAUCUGAUCAAAUAUUAGGUAAUUACUGAUUAACGUUUUCUUUCUUUUGUGGAUAUGUCAUCACAAAGCAUUAUUACAUUUACGGUUCAAAUUACACAGAUUUUAUGCAAUUUUAAUAUAUUUUACAACAACUUUGCGUAUUUUCUAUAGUUACUAGCAUGUUUUUAAACCCGUUUUUUAUAAAUAAUCACCAGCUCAUUGAAUGCGUGUCAUGAUUUAUUGCAUUUCAUGUUUCAUUAUCAUUCUGAACAUUGAGUAAGUACCUAUUCAGUAUUUCAACCAGUUUCGUUCAGGUGUUGUAGACAUCACUCUUCUCAUUUCAUACAGGCAAGAAUCGUUUGACUAACAUUAAUACCUACCUAUUUUUUAAUUUUUUUCGAAGAUAACUAAACAUCAAGGAUCAGCACUGCCUCGAAAUGAAAUGCUUGAUACAUUUUACGAUUAAACAAUUGGCACUGACGUAAAAUGCACUAAUAAGAUUGAAAAAUUUAAUUUUCCGACAAGGACCGUACAACUGAAAAGUUGAGAACAGUUUGAGCGUUUAUAGUUAGCAAUACAAAUAUAGUAUGUUAUGGAAUAAAGAUACGUGCUAAUCAUG